AUGAAAACAGCUACAACCAACAACAAUCCAGCAACUACGAACACAGCGACAACAAACAACGCUCCAGCAACCACGAACACAGUGACAACAAACAACGCUCCAGCGAAUACGAAUACACCGACAACAAACAAUGCUCCAACAACUACGAACACAGCGACAACAAACAACACUUCAACAACUACGAUCACACCGACAACAAACAACGCUCCAGCGACUACGAUCACACCGACAACAAACAACAUUCACACCGACAACAAACAACAUUCCAGCGACUACGACCACAGUGACAACAAACAACGCUCCAGCGACUACGAACACAGCAGCAACAAACACUGCCACAUGUAG